AUGCUUAGGGUCAAUUCAUUAAUAGGAAAAGGUAGUCUUGGUAAUACUGGUAUUAUCGAUUUGGGCUAUCGAAGCUUAUCAACCACGGCCGCCCCUAAGGCAUUUAGGAAAAGACCCACGUCUAAAUCGAAUAAGUUCAUUCAUGAUUAUUCUGUAUUACCGUACAUGCUGCAAUACAGAAUUGCAACUGACGAAGAAUUGCAGCUAGGACCUAAGUCGCAUUCCAACAUAGCAAAAUAUCUAUUCCAGGAAGGAGGUGUUGAAUCGCUCGAUUGGAGUACGAAUUCGGCUAUGUUUGAGAGGUAUCCGUUGACAGACAGCAGAAAGCUCAAGAAAAGAACCAGAAGACCAAAGAAUGUGAAAAUGCUAACAUCUGAUUUUAUUGAGGAUUCUCUAUAUAAUCCAAAAUAUGGCUAUUUCUCGAGGGAAGUUGUGAUUUUCCAGCCUGACGAACCGUUCAACUACAAGAAUUUGAAAGGAAGAGAUGAUUUUCUGGACCAAUGGCUGAAGGCCUACAAUAAGUACGAUAAAGAGCGUGUUGCUAAGUUUCCUCAGAGUAAGAUAAAGACUGAAAAAGAAAAUGCAGUGGACAAUUUGGUUUCAAAGAGCACCAAUAUUACAGGAAAGAAAGAUGUUCAGAUCGAAAAGCCUUCACUUCAACUAUGGCAUACUCCUACAGAAUUGUUCCAGCCCUACUACGGAGAAGCUCUAGCCAAAUAUAUUCUGAUCAAUUAUAAGUUGAACCAAUAUCCAUACAAUGACCUAAUCAUCUAUGAGAUUGGUGCAGGUAAUGGUACACUAAUGUUGAAUAUCUUGGACUUCUUGGAGCGAAAUGAACCGGAAGUGUAUAAGAGGACUAAAUAUAGAAUUGUGGAGAUCUCUUCAAAAUUGUUCAACAAGCAGAGCUCUAGAUUGAUCAGGCAUAUGGAUAAGGUGGAAGUCAUUAACAAAUCUUUUUUGGAUUGGGAUACUUUGGUGGACGAGCCGUGCUUUGUUGUCGCCUUAGAGGUGUUUGAUAACCUUGCACAUGAUGCUGUGCGUUAUGAUAUCAAUACAAAUAAGCCAUACCAAGGAUAUGUAGUGGUUGACGAACAUAAUGACUUUCGAGAGUUUUAUUCUCCUGAUUUGGAACCAUGGACAGCCCAUUUUUUGAAGUCCAGAGAGCUGAGCGACAUUCCUAUUUCAUCAAUCCCCGAACAUCCGGUGAAUCAGCUUUCAGUCGUGAUGAAACUAAAGAAUUCUUUAAACCCUCUGAGAAAUGAUCUAACGGGUGCGGAGUAUGUGCCAACCAGAUUACUCAAAUUGUUUGAAAUCCUCAGGAAUUACUUUCCCAACCAUCAGCUUCUUGCGUCAGAUUUCUCUACGCUCAAUGAAGCUAACCGUGGAUACAAUGCCCCUGUGGUACAGACAAUGCUUCAUGAUAAUAUGGUUAAUGUGGACUCUUAUAUGUGCGAUCAGGGAUACUUUGAUAUCCUGUUUCCUACGGAUUUCGCUGUUAUCAACGGCCUUUACAAACAGGUAGUGGGUAAGAUAAGCAAUACUUGCACCCAUGAGGACUUCUUGAAAGUGUGGGGUGAUAUUGAAGCUACAACUACCAAAUCGGGCGAAAAUCCCAUGUUGGAACUCUAUUCCAAUGCAUCAUUUAUCUACAGUUGA